UAUUGCAAAAAAUUUUCUAGAACUGGCGGAUGCUUUGGCGAAUCCCAUUGCCUAUCAGUCUAUGGUGGAAAAGCACGCCUCGCAGUUGAUGGCCUUGACCGACGAUGAUGAUGAAAGUUCGGUUGACCCAAAGCCGCGAAAGUCCAUUGCUUUUGAUGCUGGAGGUUCCAUCGACAAGAGUCGUGCCAGCAUUAGCAGAGAGGAGCCGAUCGACCUGGUCGGAACGGCGGGCAGGCACUCUUCCAUGAAUGGCGGCACCCAGAGACCAAGCGUGACCGGAAACUCUUCACCCGUGUCUCCUGCGCAAAAACCGUCUGAUCUUCACGGCACCAAAAAAUUGAAUCUAUCAGCAAGAAGUUUCUCCGAGGAUAUUCCUCAAGAGAAGCCAGCGUCAUUACUAGAUACGUUCGACUUAAAUGUCACUGCGGAAACAAUAGAUCAAAUCAAGGAACACAAACUAGUGAAGAAAGUUCUGGCCAAAUUGGACAGGGAUCUACAGUUGCUGAGGAAAAAGCACGAUAAGUUGACGGACAAAGAAAAGGAGCUGCAACAAGUAAAGGAGGAUAAAUUAGCCAAAUUACAAGAACAACAUAAAACUCAAUUAGUAAAAACACACAAUAAACUAGCAAAGAAGAGUUCAUCUAGUGAAAUGCAAAUAAUAAAGCGAAAAAGUGAAGCGGGCUUACUUGCCAUGUCUGCGGAACAUCAGAUAAAAUUGGAAGGACUGCAGAGGUCUUACAACCAGAAUGUCUUGUCAUUAAAAAAGGAACUCUAUAAAGCCGAAUUAGAACUUCAAGAAAAAUAUCAUGAGCCGUUGUACAGUGCCAUAGAAAAGGCAAUGCAACUAUCGCAGGCUGCACAGUUCGAACAACUUCAGAGUUUGCACGACAAAGUGGUUAACGAUUUAAAAAAAAGAAUGGAAAACCAAACUAAAGAGCAAAUGUUAACCUUAAGUAAAAAACACAAAGAUAAAAAUGAACUCGCAAGGAUGAAGCGAGAAUUACAUCAAAAACUCAUAGAGCAGGGCGUCUCAGAACGACAGAAGCUUACAGACUUACUAAACAAGGGUAAACUAGAAUUGGAGAAGCAGCACGAAGAAGUUAAGAGAUCUUUUGACGAAGACAAAAUUAAAGCUUAUGCAAAACUGCAAGAAGACUUUGAACAACGCUGUCUGCAGCUCACAAGAGAAUACGAGAAGAGUCCCGUGUCCACCAGCUCAGAAUCUCCCCACAGCACUCCCUUAUGAAAGGUCGACUAACGAAAACGAUGAUAAUUUAAGCAUUCCAGGUUUUGCUUAAUGUAAUUUUGGUGCUCACACGCGAACAAGAAAGGUCGGAGCAGGAUACAGAUCUCAGACAUCUGUAUAGUUUGAAAUUUAUUUAAUGUGCCACGUCUGUUGAUAAAAGAACAAUUGUUUCAUCUAUGUAUAUAUAUAUAAAUAUAAACUAUAUAUACUUAAGUGUAUUUUGUCUCAAAACAACAGCUUUUCUUUAAAAAACAUAAAAAAAAUGAUUGGAUGGAUAUAUAAAGUAUACAUUUAUUGGUCAUUUAUUUUGCAUAUAAUGAAUCUAUAUAUAUAUAUAUAAAAGAAAAUGUAUAUUUUGUUGGUGUGCUCAUCAUCAGGGAAUGAUAUUUUUCUUUAUUUUCGAUUGAAUUUUUUGUAAUUCCUACUUUACAAGAAGCAUGCGUAAAUCAUUUACCGGAAUAAUUCCAAAAAAAUUGCCACGAGAGUCGAGACACCGGAUGCGGAAAACGGUGCGGUUUCUUCUCUUUUUAAUGUCGUAUCGUCUGAGAAAGUUAAAAACGAUUGCAUCUCUCGGCGACUAUACUCAUAAUAACCGGUGUAAAUAAACAUAGAAAUAUUCUUUCUCACAACAUAUAUAUAUAUAUAUAUAUAAGUAUAUAUGUAAUACAUUCCAAAAAAUUUCCCCAAAAAAUACAUUUUGUGUUUCUGAUUUUCCCCUCCCUCUGUAAAGGUGGCCAGAAGACAAAGUCACACUUUCCGGCAAAGAAAAAAGCAUCAUAGUUUACUAAAAAAAAUAAACAAAAAAUGUACAGUCAAUUAUGUGUUUGUACAUAAUUACGUGCUAAUUACAUUUAUUAAAAUGUAAUAAAAAAUUUAAAUAUUGGGCUGUGUAACCUGUAAAAUCAUUCAAAAAAUUAGUUUUAUGCCAUAGAAAAGCAUUAAUUAGAACAUAAAGCUCUAAAAGUCCAUGAUACAAGAAGGUAAUUGGGGAAUGUUUUUUUAGAUUUUGUAUAUUUUAAAAUCAACCCCAAUGAUUUUUUGAAUUUUUUUUAUAUUAUUAUUAUUUUACUGGAAAGUACUCAGGUGUUUAACAAAGUUAUAGAGGCAAGUAAACUGUUAUAAUUGCACUAUGGCUACACUGCCAAACUGUGAUGUGUGUUGUUAAUUGUUUUAAAAAGAAUAUAUUUUGACCUUAUCUUUCCUUCUUUUUUAUAUAAAUGUUCUUGAAAAAUCAGUGGCAUUGUUGUUUUUUGUCCGCAGACAAUCCAUGUACAGAGAAAGGAGCCUGAAUGUAAAAACAAAAAAAAAAAAAACACACCUCUAUGCAUCCUGGGUAAUGCGUCCAAAAAAAUUGUCACGUGCGUGCUUCUGUAUGUUGUAUAUAAUAAUCUAAAAACACAAAAAUAAAUGUUGUUGUUUGUU